AUGGCGCUGCUCUCGGCAGCCGCCAGCACGAGGAAUUGGGAUGAGGUGGAUAGACUGCUGAAGACGGGCAAGGCUGAUGUCAACAAGGCAGACAGGUCAGGAAUGACUUGCCUGAUGUGGACUGCGCAGUGGGACAAUGUCAAGAUAGCUCGGGAGUUGAUCAACCAGGGGGCCAAUGUGAAUGCUGCCAGCAGCCACGGGGUCACGCCGGUGAUCUUCGCCGCAGACGGCAACGCCCGGGACAUCGUGCGCCUGCUCAUCCAGCACCAGGCAGACCUCGAGGUGAAGUCCCGGCACGGCAUGUCGGCCCUGCUGACGGCGGCGAGGAGCGGGGCGGCGCCCACGCUCAAGGUCCUUCUCGAGGGCCAGGCCGACGUCAACGUCAAGGAUUGCGGCAUGACGGCCCUCAUGUACGCGGCGGAGGAGGGCCACGCCGACGCUGUGCAGGUUUUGCUGGAGCACGGCGCUGCAGUGAACUUCCAAGACCGAGAUGGGCAGAGCGCUCUCAUUUACGCGGCGAAGAAGAAUGCGACGCUGCGGCCACGGCAUAACUUUGCGCCUAUGGUGGACUACAUUGCCUACACCUCGCAUCUACCCUCGGUCCUGGAGCUGCUUUUGAUGGGCAAGGCGGACGUGGCGCCUUGGAAGCCAGAGCGAGCCGAUUCCAGAGGUCAGCCUGCGAGCUCUUCCAUGCAGGAGCUGCGAGACAGGGAUGGCAAGAAGGCAUUGGACUAUGCAGGUGCCAAGUCCUACCACCUCUUGGAGUCCUGGGUAAAUCGCGAAGCACUUGAGUGA